AUGUCUAGCAACGUUGUUGAGGAUUGUGGACCCAUCCUCCUCGGUGGCUUACUAGCCUUCGGCUUAUCGGGUUGUGUAAACAUGCAAUUCUUCGUGUAUUGGCGGCUGUACUCUUACGAGUCUUUGCGUGCCAAGUCUCUGGUCAUUGCGACUUGGCUGCUUGACUUGUGUCAUUCUGCAUUUGUGGCAAUCGCCCUGUGGGAUUCCAUCAUUAUGCCCUACAGUAAUAUGAAUGAAUCUGACAAUAUCCCUUGGUACGCAUGGUCUCAUUAUUCACUAUCAGCUGGAAAUUUAAUUUUUUUUGCAUACCGAAUCUACAGACUACAAAAGAAGAGACUUGCUGUAGCGGUCCCAAUUGUGAGUUCAUGUUCAAGUGUUUUUUACUUGAUGAUUGAUGGCCAACUUUGUAUUACCAAAUAUAUCGAUUGGAUAUUUCUGCAGUGGAUUUUUACCGUGGGCCUUUCACUUUCAGUGUUCGUGGAUAUCAUGAUCGCAGCAUUCAUGUGCUAUUUCCUUCGCAAAAAUCGUACAGUGGUUACAAGCACCAUACGUAUCGUCGACACCCUGACACUCUGGACGAUUCGCAAUGGAUCAAUGACAAGUGCUGCUGCCAUCGCAUCAUUGAUCUGCUGGUUGGUUAUGCCUGGCAACCUCAUAUUCCUGGGUCUUCACUUCGUUGUAGCGAAAUUAUAUGCAAACUCGCUUUUAGCCACCCUUAAUGCCAGGCAGCAUAUAAGAAAUGGAAAGCAAUAUGAUCCUUCGAGCGAUCAUCCAUUGCCGAUUGUCUUUUCGGAGGACUGGGAAAAUACAACUGAGACUUUGCGCUCGCAACACGGAUUUCCCGUAAUGCAGCUUAAUUCUUACAUUCCGAGGGCUCAAAAUGAAAAACGGGGGAAAACAAUCCAAGUAAAUGUUGAACGGGUCGUGGAGUCCAAGCCCGAAAAUGUUGCGCUGGCCCAACCGACAGAAAGCUGCACAGAAGGAAGUACAGUCUAAUACGUUGAUAUUCUACAUUUUGAGAUUUGGCUAUGCUGAUCAUAUCAUACACAACACUUCUUUUGAUUGUGAACACGUUAUUGUUGAUAUAUUCAAAACUCUACUCUUUUUUUGCGGCUUUUGUGAAUCCUUGGUAUUUAUAGUCCCUAUUUUUGAGUAUGUACUUACUUAGCCUCUUGAUGCCAAC